ACUCGCUGGUGGGAGGCCUCAAAGGGGGUGGGGGGGUGGGGUGGGGUGCUUUUGGUGUGUGUGUUUUGAAGCGUAUACAUUUGACACACACAAAUAACAAUCUCUUGAGGCCGGAGGCGCUGGAGCCGCGGCGGGAGCAGCGGGAGCAGCAGGAGGAUGAACCCCAAUGUCACCUACGCCAGCCGCAAGCGGCGGAAACCCGUGCAGAAAAUAGUGAAGCCUUCACCUCCUGAAGGAAUCAAGUCUAAUCCAUCAAAGAGGCACAGAGACCGAUUGAAUGCUGAGCUGGAUCGCCUGGCUUGUCUUCUGCCAUUUCCUCAGGAAGUUAUUGCCAAGCUUGAUAAACUGUCUGUGCUUAGGCUCAGUGUUAGUUACCUGAGAGCCAAAAGUUUCUUCGAUGUUGCACUAAAAUCGUCCAGUUCUACAAAGUCUGACAGAAAUGGCAUCCAAGACAGCAGCAGGGUUACAAAACCCAAGGAAAAUAUGCAUUUGCUGGAAGGAGAACUUUUACUACAGGCAUUGAAUGGGUUUGUGUUGGUGGUUACAUCCGAUGCACUUAUAUUUUAUGUGUCUUCAACAAUCCAAGAUUAUUUGGGUUUCCAGCAGUCUGACAUUAUACACCAGAGCGUGUUUGAAUUAAUACACACAGAAGACAGACCAGAAUUUCAGCGACAACUUCACUGGGCUCUAAAUCCUGUACAGUCUUCAGAUUCUGGACAAAUAAUGCCAGGAGAUAAUGGCUUUUCACAGGCUACAACAUACUAUAAUCCAGAACAGCUACCUCCAGAGAAUUCUUCGUUUAUGGAACGAAACUUCAUCUGUAGAUUACGUUGUCUGCUGGAUAAUUCAUCUGGGUUCUUAGCCAUGAAUUUCCAAGGGAGACUAAAGUUUCUCCAUGGACAAAAUAAAAAAGGGAAGGAUGGAACUACUCUGUCUCCUCAGCUGGCAUUAUUUGCUGUGGCUACUCCGCUUCAGCCUCCAUCCAUUCUUGAAAUACGUACCAAAAACUUUAUCUUCAGAACUAAACACAAGUUGGACUUCACGCCUAUAGGAUGUGAUGCGAAAGGACGAAUUGUGUUGGGUUACACAGAAGCAGAACUGUGCAUGAGAGGAACCGGAUAUCAAUUUAUCCAUGCAGCUGAUAUGCUCUAUUGUGCAGAGAAACAUGUCCGAAUGAUAAAGACUGGAGAGAGUGGUAUGACUGUUUUUAGACUACUUACCAAGGAAAACCGCUGGGCCUGGGUUCAAGCUAAUGCACGGCUGGUUUAUAAAAAUGGGAGACCAGAUUACAUCAUUGCGACACAAAGACCUCUUACAGAUGAAGAAGGCGCAGAGCACUUACGGAAGCGAAACAUGGAGCUGCCCUUCAUGUUCGCCACAGGUGAGGCUGUGUUAUAUGAAAUGACGUUUCCCCAGCUCAGCUUAAUGGAUUCUUCUCAGGCAAAGGUUAAAAGUGGCAUUGGAAAAGGAGCUGCUUCCAAGGCUGCACUGCGCAAAGAAUCCGUUGAUCCCAAUUCACUUUUGGGUGCAAUGUUGCAGCAGGAUGAAACUGUAUAUCUUUGUCCACCUGCUUCAAAUAAAAUCUCAUUUGAGAGGAACAUUUUUCUGAACACCAGGGACGAAUUGGGCAAUGUAAUGGCCAGCGAUUGGCAGGAAAAUAUUUUGCCAAUAAGGAAUAACACCAUCCUCAAACAAGAACAGACUGAUUGCCCUCAGGAAAAUAAUUUAAUGCUUCCAGAAGACAGUGUGGGUCUUUUUCAGGAUAACAAAAAUAAUGAACUGUACAACAUCAUGAAAACGUUAGGUGUUGACUUUGACGAUAUAAAAAGUUUUCAGCAGGAUGAAGACUUUUUCAAAAAUGAACUCUUAAGUGUUGACGACAUUAAAGACAUUGACAUAACGGAUGAAAUCUUGACCUAUGUUCAGGAGUCCUUAAAUAAGCCUGAUCUGUUGUACUCAGGUUGCCAGCAGCAGCAGCCGCAGACCAUAGGUCAGAACUCCCCUUGUUUAAUGCGGCAGCAGAUAGAGCCGCAGCAACUGGACAGUCAGCAGAAACCAUCUGUGGUGGAACAGCAUCCGCAUCACCAACAGCUAUGUCAGAAAAUGAAGUACAUGCAGGUCAAUGGGAUGUUUACAAACUGGAAUUCUAUCAGCAGCAUCCCCCAUAAUUCUUCACAGCAACAGACACAGCCAUAUGUUUUUUCCAGCAUGCAAGAAAUAACUCAGGACUUCCCUUACAAAUCUGAAGUCAACACAGCAACCUAUGCAUGUAGGCAGGAGUUCAUUCCCUACAAGCCAUCCACCGGCGUGGUUUCACAGCUUUCUGACUUUACCCAGAUAGAUUUUCCAGUAGGAAGUUUUGAUCGAUCAACAUAUUCCAAUUCUUCUGGCUUAGAGGAUUUUCUCAGUUGCUUGCAACAAGUCCCUGAAAGUCAAGCUUGUGGAAUAAACUCUCAGCAAGUUAUAGUAACACCUCAGACAUGUUAUGCUGGUGCUGUGUCGAUGUACCAGUGUGUGUCCGAAACACAACCAAACUGUACAGAACAAAUACAGUAUCCAGUGGUAUCAGGACAACAAGCAUUGCUAAACAAGUUUCAGAAUAGUUUUAAUGGAGGAAACCUCAACGAUUCAUAUCCACCCCAAUUAGAUGUUGUCAGCACUCAACCUGAAACACAUCUUCAGUCUCUUCAUCAUCCAACAGAACCGAGAUCUUUCUCAGAUUUGGCAUCCAGUGGUUUUAUGUAGUUAUCCACCAGCAUCUGUGUAGAGUUAAAUCAGGACUGGAUUACUGAAUGGAGAUUGAAAAUUGUGAUUGCACUUAAUAUGCAUGUAUAUGGGAUUUGUCAUCCAAAACCUGUUACUGUAGGUGGAAGUUGGAGCUGUUAUGGCCUAAAAGUGUGCACAUAUUAUUUUCAGACAGUGAAAAUAUGCACUACUGCAAUAUUAUUAACUGCAUCACAUUGUAGAACAUAAGAUAAGGCAAAUGGUUUUAUGGUUUAGGAAAAUAUGGGCACUUUGACAAUCUUAUUUGAAAAAUUCUUUUUGAAAUUUAUACUUCAAAUUGAUGCUCUAAGUAAGAGGAGCAAUUGAAGCACUCAGUUGUAUUGCAUCUUUGCAUCUUUGUGUCAGUUACCUUACUUUGUAGUUUUUAAAAAUUCCUUUUAUUUUACAUUCAGGUUCUAGCACUUUAGUAGAAGGUUUGAUACAAGGAUUUGAUAUGCAAUUCUAGGUUUUGUACAACCAAAUCCAUUGCAUUCCUCCUUUACAGUUAGCCUUAAGUGCCUCACAACAUAGCUACCUUAUUUCUGAAAGGAGCUUGUAGGAAAACAAAAACAUUCACUGUAAAAUAAAUUGGUCAUCCAUCUUUGUGACUAUUCCGUAGUUGCUUUUGGUUUGGUGUUUAAAGCUAGAAAACCUAAAAGCUGUAUACUCUUUCUCUAUUAAAUGUAUCUUUGUUUUUCUCUAGAAUUUCAGGUGUUUCUGUAUAUAGAGCUUUUCCUUUUGUUAAAGACUCGGUUUUGAAUUCUUCAGGUAGAACAGGGUAAAAAACAGCCAUCUAGAAAGAGAAAUUUGACUCCUCCGGAUUCGUUCGGAAUUUCAAAUACUGAAGAAGAAGAAAAACAUGUGCCUUAUCUUGUGUUACAACACUUGUUGAAUGGUCCUUUUCGAAAAGUACAAGGCUGCUCUAUGCAAAUACUUCCAUUUGAAAUGGUUAUUGAAAGAGGUUGGUUAUAAAAGCUGGCAAAAAGCAUUGUUCCAAUGAUAAAUAGUACAAAAGUUUACUUUUUGUAAACUUUUCUACACUGAGGGUCAAUUUGGAUUGGCUGCUGUUUUUCAACUGUUCCACCGGGGAGAGGGUCUGCUGAUAUUCAAUAUCCCUAACAAUUGCACUCUAAAGGAAAAAGCUAUCUUUCUAUGUAUGUGAAUUCACUUUAAAUGUCUUUGUUCAAAAGAUGAUACUAAAUUUUUAUUUUAGUUCAAAUUUAGAGAAGAACUAUCCUCGUAAUAAAACAGGAUAUUUUAAAACUUUGUUUUUAAAAAUGGAAAACAUUGUAUUGGAGUUUUUAUCUUGAGAUUUUUAGAAGAGUAGACACCAAUGUUUUGUGUGUCAAAGUAGUGUAAAUGUGGGAGGGAGGGGAUAUGUACAGGAUGAAAGACAAUGAGUACCUUUAUAUGCUGUAUAGCUAAUAUUGUAAUAAGCACCAUUUAAUGUCUUUGUAAAUAUUUUAAAGAAUUGUCAUACCACACUAUUGAAACAUGUUAUUACACACAUAUGUAUAAUGUAAAUGACAGAGCAUAGACUCUUUAAAAAAGGAAAAAAAUAAACCAACUCCCUCCAGGAUGGUGUUCAGAUUUUUGAUGAAAGUUUCAGAUAGUUUUAAAACAAACUUAGACGGAAUGGUUCUGUAUGUUGGGGGAAGUGGCCAUUAGCUUAUUAGGCACUUAAAAACUUAAUUUUUUCAUUAAACCCUUAAGCAUGUUUUAAUUCUGCUUCCCCCAAAAUGUGUAAUAAUGCCCAUAUGAAAAAGAAGGUUGGGUAAUUUGUAUGUAGAAUUUCAAUUUGAGGACCUAGCUCUGUUUUUGGUGAUCAUUGAAAAGGAAAUACCUUUUGAUUUGUAUGUUCAGUGAUAAUUGUAAAUAAAUGUACAUAAUGUCCUUUUAAAAGGCUUUGGCCAUCACUAAAUGUAUUAGAUUAGUAGUAAUCUGAUUCUUACUUAAACUUUACUGUGGUCUUGUUUCCAGUAUCUGUAGACUUAUUUUCGAAAAUGAUAUCUGAUUAUUAUUAUUUUUUACCAGUGUAAUGUUGACAAUCAGUAGUUGUACUGUAAAACUUAAAAGGUUCAAAGGGAUAAUGUAACUUUUUUUAGAAAAAGAGAGGAAAAAAGUAAAAAAAUACACAACAAAUAAAGAUCUGUUUAUCAUAUCACUUAUGCUAAACCAAAUAUUAUCCCAUCACCAAGUGCCAAGGGUGCAGUACAGACGGGUGUACUGCCUUAUUGUAAGUUAGUUUCUUUCUGUUAUGCAUAAUAUCAGCUCGGUUUUUCUUUUUUUUACAUUAGCUGUGCCUAUAUUCAACAAACCUGUGUAUUGGUGGUGCACUGUUGGUCUACACCAAACUGUUAUCCUAAAAAGUGGUGUUUUUAUCCUUCCACUCUCUCCUUACCCUGCAGUUCUAAGCAAAUUAUUUCCUCAUUUUAAUCAGUAUUACUGCCCAUUUUUGUAGAUUAUAUCUUGGCUUUUUUCUCUUUCCAGCUGUUUUUCCCCCAUUCCCCAUUUGUCCUCUGUAUUUUAUGUCCUGCAAUUCAUUUCUCGUGUGUUAGGGUAUGAUUUUAUAGUACUUUUAAUGACCUUCAUUAAAACUUGUAAAGCAUAAUAUAUGGUAAUAAAAUAUCACCUGAACAGAA